AAGAAGAAGAAAGUAGCCCAGAGUGGGUAGCUGCUCCAGACAUGUCAGACAACUGACAGGAAUGGUAACUUGGCCGCAGUAGUUAGUGAGUUAUCAAAAAGUUCCUGAAAGCUGAAAGUAAGGAUUUUGGAGCACGACACAUCACCAGGUGGCCUGUGUAGAGGGUUGACAACCCGGCAUCUUGAUUAUCGUUGAUAUCUGACAACCGCUGGUUAGCUAGCAUUAGCUACUGGCUAGCUGUGGAGAGAAGUAUCGUCAGUUUUCAGUCAUGUCUUCGGCCGGGGACUUUGGAAACCCUUUAAGAAAGUUUAAACUGGUCUUUCUGGGGGAACAGAGUGUGGGAAAGACUUCUCUGAUCACCAGGUUCAUGUAUGACAGCUUCGACAACACUUACCAAGCCACAAUAGGAAUAGAUUUCCUGUCGAAAACCAUGUACCUUGAAGACCGAACAAUCAGGUUGCAGUUGUGGGACACGGCGGGGCAGGAGAGGUUUCGUAGCCUGAUCCCAAGUUACAUCAGAGACUCAGCUGCUGCAGUCGUAGUGUACGACAUCACAAACGUCAACUCCUUCCAGCAAACCACAAAAUGGAUUGAUGAUGUGAGGACGGAGAGAGGAAGUGAUGUCAUUAUCAUGUUGGUGGGAAACAAGACAGACCUUGCAGACAAAAGGCAAGUAUCUAUUGAAGAGGGUGAGCGGAAAGCCAAAGAACUAAAUGUAAUGUUUAUUGAGACUAGUGCGAAAGCGGGCUACAACGUAAAACAGCUCUUCCGUCGCGUGGCAGCCGCCCUCCCCGGCAUGGACACCACACAGGACAAGAGCCGAGAGGAGAUGAUUGACAUUAAACUAAAGGAGCAACCGGAGCUACCGGCCAGCGAAGGAGGCUGUUCCUGCUAAUGCCGGCUUAUGUCAUAAUGACAUAAAGCUAAAUAUUUCUCUUACCUGCUUUUUUUUUCAAUAAUUUGUGUGUCUGUACCCUAAACUGCACCGCCUGUUCCCCAGCCUAAGAGAGAACACUACAGCCGCUACUCCUCCGCUCUGUGGAAAGCUGCUUUUUGAUGUGGAUGCUCUGAAAGUCAUAAAUCUCUUAAAUUGAAUAUUUGCACUGUAACACACAUGUUGAAACGGUAGCCACAGCUGUUGCCUGUCAUUUCAAACAGACCGAGAUGGGGGCUUAAGAGUAAUGAGUGUCUAAAGAUGACCCUUUGAACCAAACUGAAAGAAGGAACACGUGUGUUUAUGCAUUAAAGUAUGUGAUCAAGAUUGAGAAUAUUGUUCAACAUUUUUAAAUAUUGCUUUACGUUUAAUAAGCACAACAAUAACACUGUUCUUUUUGUUGUUUAAAUGUCUGGACACGGUCACACACCAGCACAAACACACUAACUAAAAGAGCAACACUAUAACUACGUCAUCCCCAUUACCGUCCUUCCUCUCUUCCCACACUUGUCCCUUGAGAUUAUUUUUACCUUGGCUUCCAUUUUCUAUUACCUUUUUAUUUGAAUAGAUCUCUAAUUAUUUUUUCUAAAGACUACAGCUAUCAUAGAUUAAAACUACUGCUUUAAAGAUAGUGCUUGAGAAGUAUUUUCUCAUAUAUUAUAAGAGUCAUAAUCAUGAAAACCCACUGUAAACAUUUAGAUAUAUAUGCCUUUUGGAGUUUAAUUGUAGAGGGCUUCCUUGGUUUUGGGUUAAACUAGUUUGGUAACACUUUAAAUACUUUUUUGUUUUUGUUUUUAUUCUGUUGGCAUUGAUCUUUUGUUAGUGAUUAUUCUACAUGUGUAUUUAAUCCACAAUGACUUUAUUUAUUUGUAUUGGAUUCAUGUUUCUUUUUUUUUUAUGGCUGUUAAUAUCUACACUUCUGGUGAAUCACUAAUGAAUUAUGCAUCCGUCUGAAACACCUUUAACUGAAUCAGCAGAGAGCUAGAUGGCAAUUUGAUCUUACUGAUAAUACAGUGCAAUUUUUGUGUGGACUUAUGGAGGAGAGUGGUAUAUAUAGCAAAGUAGUCCUUAACGUUUGUGUCUGGAAUGAUUUGAAAUGAAAGAAUAAAAAAUACACUUGUCAAUGUG